UACAGGCAUGAAGCUUCUUCCAGGUUGUUGCUGAUUUCACUGGUGGGCACUGUUUGAAGAACAUUAUCCCAGCUGCGCUGCUGCUGCCGUCAUACUCUCAGCUUUUUAUGUAACUUAAUCCCCCCAAAUAUUGAUGCUUUCAGUCUGUUUUGAUCGAGAAAGAAGCUUCUGAAACGAAGGACAGUGUCUCGAUGGAGGGAGAUGAUGGCGACUUCCCCCUUGAUCCAUCAGAGCACUCUCAUUCCCAGCGAGGAAGUGUGGCUUCCUCAGUCACCAGAGCUCAGGAUUUGUUGGUGUACUUGGCGAGCGACAGUGCGGUGCACUUGACUUUGGAGGGUCUCGGCUGUAUGAAUGCGCAGGAGCUCGGCCGCAAUGUCCGAGAAGCCCUCAACAUUCCCAACUCUGCCGUAGAUGUGUUCGCUUUCUGGUUCUGCUCUCCUUUGCUUGACCUGCAGUUGAAACCGAAACAUUUGCCCUACAAGCUGUGUCGUCAGUGGCAGGACCUGCUGUACCGCUUUACUGAGGCCCCCGCAGAAGACAUUUCUCAAGAUGAGCCGUGUCUUCUGUUCAAAAGAAAUGUUUUUUAUUCCAGGUCAAAAGAACUUCAGAUUGAAGAUGAAGGAGUGUUGAGGCUACUUUAUGACGAGGCCAAGAUGAAUAUCUUGGAGGGUCAUUACCCCUGUGACCCUGAAGACUGGCUGAGAUUGGGAGCUUUGUCCUGUGCCAUUGAGCUGGGGACUGGGCUUGAUGACCAGGCUCUAACAGCAGCAAUCAGAGAGAAGAAGCUGUCCUCAUUCUUACCGGCCCACGCUGCAUUAGGAGGAGGAGGUUUUCUAUCCACACUGAGGGGGAGAGGAGGGAGGAAUGCAGAGAUGGAGCAAAAUCUUAUAAAGGAGUAUCGUUCAGUCUGCUCCUCUGCUGCCACUGGCUCCAGUCAGGAGCCCAUCGCUCUGCUGCGCCAGUACCUCAGGAGCUGCCACACUCUACCUUACUAUGGAUGUGCUUUCUUCAUGGGUGAGAUAGACAAGCCAGCACAGGGCCUCCUUCACAGAGGUGGCCAUAAGGCUGUGAGUGUGGGCAUCAGUCUGGAAGGAGUAUAUGUCAUGGAUGUGAAAGAGAAGCAUGUCCUCCUGGGUCUCAAGUUCAGUGAGCUUUCCUGGGAUCACAGUUACCCAGAGACAGAGGGAGACACACACAUCCUCUGGCUGGAGUUUGAUGGGGAGGAGGCUGGUGUGCCUGUCAAUAAAUUAUUAAAGAUUUAUUCAAAACAGGCUGAGCUAAUGAGUGGUCUUAUUGAGUUUUGUGUGGAGUUACACUCUGUUGGCGAGUCAGCAGCCACUGGUACUGACGGUGAGGUCACACCUUCCCAAGAACCUACGGGUCGGGAAACCAAUGCGAAAACCCGAGAGCGACGGCAGGGGAAACUGCGCAGACAGAGCAGCGUGGUUUGUAGCCGAGUCCAUUCACUCAACACCAUCAGCUAUGUUGAUGACGGCAAAGAGAUUAAACGUCUGAAGCCCAAAAGAGCUGCUUCUUUCUUCACGCGACAGGCGCAGCCUCCCACUUACUCGGCUGUUCAGGUGACUGAAAGUUUGGAGCAAGGGUGAGCCCCGGCUUCAACACUGCCCUCUUCUGCCUGGUGACCAAAACUACAUCUAUUUAGAUCCUCAGAGAGACCGUGCAAAACCAUCUGAAUGGACAGAUCGGACCAAGAUCACAAACUGAAGAGCUAAACCAGUAUUUGUAGAUAAUUUGUGCGUUAUGACUCUGUUGGCCGUUAAAAAUGAAUGUGAAAUUUGCUUCAAUAAUGCUGUUCUGUUAAACUAACUUAAAUAUAUUUUGGUGCAAGUGCAGGACUAUGAGACACGAUCCGAAAGCUCUGUUUAGGUCACUCUUCUGAAUGUAGAUUCUACUAUGCAACCUUCAAACCAAACUACAUCCCAGUGGCUAUAAAUCAAGAGUACAGUAGUCCAGCACUUUAAUCCAUGCCACUAAUACUGCUAAAACUAGACCUGCUGCACCAAAGCAAACAGUCAGUGCCUCUAGUAGACGACUGCUCCUAUACACAAAACCAGGGCUGCAGUCUGUGGAAAAGCAUUGCAAAGACAGCAUAGACUGAGAUUCUGACAUUCUACUUGUGUACUGAAUGUGUGCAUUGUUUUUGCUAUCUGUUUACUGCAGGGCUUGUUUGCAUAUACAGACUUCUGCUUUGUAACAAGAUGGUUGUGUUCAAAUUUUUUUUUUUUUGUGUUCAGUUGUGACCAAACCUAAACCAUGGCUGUGAUUUAUCAUUAAUCAUGAGUGCUGUUCAUUAUAGUAGUGGUCCCACUACCUUGUUGCUCUGGAGAAUCAUGUCUUUCUUAUGGUGUGCAUGUAAUGCACUGCUGAAAACAAUCCAGGUCAUAUGUGAGCAUAAUCUGCAUUUGUAAAGCAUAGAGAACUUUAAUACAUCAAAUCACAAAAUUGUGUAGGUGCUCGGUGAUCAAUCGGUGAUGUUGUAUGUCUGCUAUUUCUAUUUCUAUUUAGUGAUGCUUUUACAACGUAUGAAACCCAAAGCAUUGUAUUGUAUUGUA